GCUUCAACUCACCCAUUCUCCCCGAAUCAUCUUGACCUUUCGAGCGUGUGAGUCUCUCUCUCCCUUCCUUCCUUCCUUCCUUCCUUCCUUCCUUCCUUCCUUCCUUCCUUCCUUCCUUCCUUCCACCCUCGCUACACCCUCUGUAUGCAGCCGUCUUGACACAAUCGCCCCACAAAUACCUCAAUCGUAAUUUAUUUCCCCCGUCUCCACUGCCUCCUCCCCCUCCCCCUCCUCCUCCUCCUCCCUUUCUACUCCCUCUCAUCAUCUAUUUGUUUCUUCCUCUUUGCCUUUCCGUUUUCCACCCCUUUGGUUAGAAGACUAAGAGUUUUAGCCAUGAGAUUCGUUUCUCGAACCACAAGGAUACACUCGUUGCUGCUACCCGGAAACUCUGCCGUGAGUCACUCGAGAUGCCCUUCCCGACCUGCAACUAAUGGGCAUGUGACAGUCCGCAUCACUCAAUUCCUCCGCACGGGCAAGAUUUUUCGCUACAGGUUUUCACUUAUGUCAAAGUCCGGAGAGGCCGGCGGGGGCAGGAAUUGCGGGGGAGACUGCCACCGCUCUACAGCCCGGCGUUGGGAGUUCGGGGAGUCAGACUGCGGAGGAAAAUAGGGUUAGCCUUCUUCGAAGCCCCUCCUUGGGAAUCAUUGGGUUCUUUUCUCUCUUCUUUCGGCUCCCCCAGUUCCUGACAAGGGUGACUAUGACAGGACUUGUACCUAUCCGUGCUAUCGUCCACCUCUACAAAGCGGGAAGCAAGGGCAUACUUGCAGCGCUUUACGCCCUCGCUCGCUGCGCCGCCAACACAACCCGGCGUCCCCCCACCUGCGCCUCUCCCGAAGUUUGAGAAACAGUCCCCAUUGACCGGCUCGGAUGCAGAGGUCCUGAAUCAGACAUACAUGCAAGGACCUCUAGAGAGCAAUCCAACGGUGGCACCAGGCAUUGCACCGGCUCCAUUUGCACCUGAGAUGGCCCAGGAGGAUAUUCAUGUUGGAUUGGUCAAGAUCCGGGACGCGAGCCGUACGGACGACGCUACGCUGAAGGGGGUGGGAAGGACGAUAUGUCAAUUGCAGAGACUGGGGCUGUUCACCAUUGUGGUGGUGGACGAGGCACUUCCUUCGACAGGCAGCCACGAAGCGAUUGCGAAAUGGCGGGUCGAUGCCGAAAAGCAGGUGGAUAGGGUCGUAUCGGCCAUUGAACUGGAGAGGGGGCAGGCCAGAAGAGUAGACGGCGCUCUAUCGGUUGAUUCGGAAGGAUCUCCGUUGAGGGUCGCGCCAAACCACCUCAUCAUUCCGCUUUCCCGUGGCGUGAUACCAGUACUAUACCCGAUGGCAUACAACUCGAAUCAGCGGUUGGUCCCCGCCACGGCAAACGAGGUGGUAUUAAAAUUGACGAAACUGCUCUCAACCCACUGCCCACAAAGUUCCCCGGUAGACCAACCCAUAUCCCUUGACCGAAUAAUCUUUCUCGACCCUCUCGGCGGAAUCCCCUCUGUCGAUCGCCCUUCCGGAGCACACGUAUUCAUAAACCUCCAGCAAGAGUACAACGAUCUCAAAAGCCAAUUGAACGACCACCACCUCUCCAACCUCUCCACCCUGCACGAAACCCUCUCCCUCCUUCCCCAAACCUCUUCCGGUGUAAUAACCACUUCAGCCCUGGCAGCAGCCCACAACUCGAACUCCGCCUCCAAACGCUCCAAAAACCCACUAAUUCACAACCUCCUCACCGACAAACCCCUAAUUUCCUCCUCUCUCCCCGUCCAAUUGUCCAGCCCCGCAACACUAACCACUCUCCUGAAGCACGGAAUCCCAAUCACCAUCCACCCGUCGCACACAAAGCUCACCGAUGCCUCGAAAAUAGACCUUGCGAAGCUAAAACUGCUAAUCGAAGACUCCUUCGGGAAGAGAUUGGAUCUGGAGCAUUACCUUUCCCGCAUCAACGAUAGCAUUGCUGCCGUCAUAGUAGCAGGGGAUUAUGAGGGGGCCGCUAUAGUCACCUGGGAGUAUCCGAGCCAAGACAGAACAAAGCAGCGAGUGUGCUACUUGGAUAAGUUUGCUGUGCUAAAGAAGAGUCAGGGAACGGGUGGUGUUGCAGAUGUGGUGUUUAAGGCGAUGGUGGAGGGUGUUAGGAAUGGAGUAUUUGAGGGUGCGGAGGGGGUGGUUUGGAGGAGUAGGAGGUGGAAUCCCGUUAACAAAUGGGUAUUCGCCCUCCCUACCCAAUCCCAGUGUAUGGGAGAUGGCUAAUAGGAGAUAGUACUUUGAGCGAGCGAAAGGGACCUACAAAAUCCCAAACUCGGGGUGGACCAUGUUCUGGACCACACAGGAUGCGGAGGUGAGCAAAAGGAGAUUUGAAGAGUAUGCGGAAAUUUGUGCAAGGAUUGAACCGAGCCUUGUUGACGAGUGAUGGAGUUUUUUUGUUUUGUUUUGUUCCCUCAUGUUAUAUAUCCAUUCGAAAAUUCUUGCUUUUCCUACCCUAUUCCGGGUUGGAGGUUUUUCUGUGGGGGGGGGGGUACGGAUGGAUUGCUCUAUGGCGAUACGGGGUUAGGUGUGUUUAGUUUAGUCUAGAAUGAAGAGCGACUUGUGUGUACCGAU